AGUUUCAGUUGCAGUCCUCUCACAGUGUCUUGCUUUGUGAUUGAGUGACACACACACACACACACACACACACAGAGAGAGAGAGAGAGAGAGAGAGAGAGAGAGAGAGUAUGUGGCCCUUCAGCAAGAAAGGACCUUCUGGGUUCUCUUCAUCUUCCACAGCUGAACAAGUCACUCAAGGAAUCGAUGGCACUGGCCUCACUGCCGUUGUCACAGGAGCAUCCAGCGGUAUCGGCACUGAGACUACACGUGUUCUUGCUAAGCGUGGUGUCCAUGUGAUUAUGGGCGUGAGAAAUACAGCUGCUGGUAAAGAUGUCAAAGAAACAAUACUUAAGGAGAAUCCCUCUGCUAAAGUUGAUGCCAUGGAGUUGGAUCUCAGUUCAAUGGAGUCUGUCAAGAAGUUUGCAUCAGAGUAUAAAUCCUCUGGUCUUCCAUUGAACAUUUUGAUAAACAAUGCUGGAAUUAUGGCAUGCCCUUUCAUGCUAUCCAAAGACAACCAUGAACUGCAGUUUGCCACAAAUCACUUAGGUCAUUUUCUGUUGACAAACCUUUUGUUGGAUACUAUGAAGAAAACAUCUCGUGAAAGUAAGAAAGAAGGAAGAAUUGUUAUUGUCUCCUCAGAAGCUCACCGAUUUGCAUAUUCGGAAGGAAUCCGUUUUGACAAAAUUAAUGACCAAUCAAGUUACAACAACUGGCGUGCAUAUGGGCAGUCAAAGCUUGCUAACAUUUUACAUGCCAAUGAACUUACAAAACAUCUCAAGGAAGACGGGGUGGAUAUUACUGCAAACUCUCUUCAUCCAGGAACAAUUACCACCAAUCUUUUCCGUUAUAAUAGUGCAGUGAAUGGUUUCUGUUUGAAUAAUGCAGGUAUAAUUAAUGUGGUUGGAAGAAUGGUGAUGAAAAAUGUCCAGCAGGGAGCGGCUACGACAUGCUAUGUAGCAUUGCAUCCAGAGGUGAAGGGAGUUAGUGGCAAGUAUUUUUCAGACAGUAAUGUGUCCAAAACAACCCCACAUGGGACUGACGCUGAUUUAGCCAAGAAACUCUGGGAUUUCAGCAUGAAUUUGAUCAAGUAGAAUGCCCAAAAGUUAAUGGAGAUGAUGGCAUCCAUAGUAUAUGAAAAGCAUCAAUCCAUUCUAGUAAUCAUAUAUUACAGCAACUUAUUUUGGAUUAUGUGAUUAUUUAUAAUACAUAGUCAAAUAAUAUUGUGAGAAUCUUUCCUCUGUAACCAAAAAAAAUAUAUUGUGAGAAUACUCUUGCUUGCCUUUGGAAUAUCCCUCAGCACAAGUAUCUCAUACACACAAGAUUCUCUAAUAUUGGAAACUGAUAAUAAGGAAAGUAAGGAAUAAUGUAAACUGCAUAACUAUAUAAGUGCUUCUUUGGUGA